AUGCUCCCUCUCAGCUCAGACGGAACAUUUCAUUUCGAAAUUCUGCGCAUCCUAGCUCUUGCACGAUACAAUGGCGCAGACAUCGGCGAAGUUCUCGAAGCCGCCGAACACAUCGAACCAGGUAACAUGGAAAGCUUCCACGACGCUUUCGCGGACCUCGCUUCGCGCGUCCUGGCUCAAGCCGAGAGAAUCAACGCAGAAGCCCACCCCAUCUCCGCUCGAGACGCGUACUUCCGUGCCUCAUCGUACUUCCGUUCCGCAGACUUCUUCAUCCACGGCAACCCCAUCGACCCUCGAAUCAAUAGCCUUUGGACCCAACAGACACUCGCAUUUGACAAGGCUAUAGCCCUCUUGCCCAUUCCCGGAGAGCGACUUAUUCUCCAGGCCGAUGGGUUCAAUGUUCACGGGAUUUUCUUCCGCGCCGACCAUCGCUCCGGACCCAAACCUACUCUUAUUCUCGGAAAUGGGUUUGACGGUGCACAGGAGGAGAUGCUGCAUGUUGUUGGCUUUGCUGCGCUGGAGAGAGGCUACAAUGUGAUUCUAUACGAGGGGCCCGGACAACCGACAGUCCGUCGAAAGCAAGACCGAGGAUUCAUCCAUGACUGGGAGAAGGUUGUUAUUCCUGUCGUUGACUACUUGAUUCAGCAGCCGGAGGUUGACACCACACGCAUCGGGUUGCUGGGCUACUCGCUAGGCGGAUAUCUAUCUGUCCGGGCAGCGGCUUUCGAGCACCGUCUGGCGGCUGUUAUAGCCAUUGACGGGAUCUGGGAUGUUUACAAGUCCUUUGCGGAAAGCCUCUUGCCAGCUGAGUGGAUAGCAUCAUUCGAAGCCGGUGAUGCGACAGGAUUGAAUUUCCAGAUCGAUGAAUUCCGUCCUAAGGCGGAUACACCCACUACACUUCGUUGGAUCAUUGACCAGGGGUUGUGGGCUUUCAAUGUGGAAGAUGCCAACGGGCUGUUGAAUGGGAUCAAGAAGAUGACUCUGGAGGGGCUUGAGAGCCAGAUUCAGUGUCCGGUUUAUGUUGGCGAUGCGGCGGAUGAUCAUUUCUUUAAGGGACAGCCUGGCUGGGUGAAGCGGAAUAUCGGAGAGAAGGCUACCCUUGCUACACUGACAGCCGCGGAGGGGGCUGGUCAUCAUUGCCACAUCGGGGCAGCUGUAACCAUGAACCAACGGUUACUGGAUUGGUUUAACGAAGCAAUUUCAGACUAG